CUUUCAUGAACACAUCUACUGGAGCCCAUGCUGAAUUCGGUGGCGUGAGGAUGAGGGGACAUGUCGUCUGUAUUUACCUGCCUCACAAGUGACGAGAGAGCGGGGUGACCGCACAAACAUAUUUCUAAGAAGAACUCAUCGGUCUUAUCAUUCUCUUCUAGAACUGCACUUCUCCUAGCAGGUGAGAAGACAACCACAGGUCUGGUCUGUGCACAUGACCAUGCUGUGUGUGGAGUGGAAUAAGGUGGCAGAAAUGUGUCUUUAUGUGGAUGAUCUGAGUGAGGACAGUCGGAUACUGUGUCUCUGCUCCAGAGCUUUUUUCAAUGAUCGCUACCUGUACCAUUUAGGAUUGAGGGGAAUUGACAGCAAUAAGAAGAUUCUCAGAGAUUAUGAGGAAGAGGAUGAGCAGGAAGAGCUGGAGUUGUCCAAUGUCUCUGACCAACCUAUGGAGGAAGGAGAACUAGACUCGGAGUCUGAGCUAAUGCUGCAGAUGGGUCUCCCGAUACAGUUUGGUGGGUCAUCAUUUGAGAAGAACUUUGUGCCUCUGGAAACUCGUGUGAAGGAAGAUAAAAUCCAUAAGAAAAAGAAGAAAAAGACAAAAUGCUCCAAAGACAUAAAUGAAAGCAUAAAAGAAGCUAUGGAGGAUAUUAGUGAGGUCUGCGAAGACGAUGGUGGUUCUCCUAGCAUUGAGCAGCCUGACAUUGAAGAAAGUCCUGCUGGAGGUACCAGUGAGGAUGUGGCUGAUCUGGAACCGCUCUCCGCACGGCCAAUCUUGCAGGAGAGCUGGGAACGUUACUGGAACCAGUAUGGACAGGGAUUGCUAUGGCAGGCUUGGAUUAAAAAGCAUGAAGAUCUGGCAGUAACAAGUGACGAUUACGACUCUGAGCCAUGGAAUUGCUCUGCAACCAAGGAAGAAUGGGCUGAGCAUUAUAAUGAAUUGUACUGGCAGUAUUAUGAGCAGUUUCAGUACUGGGCACAACACGGGUGGACUUUUGAUGAACCUAGUGAUUGUGAAGGUAAAGACACACAAGUGGCACCAGCUGCAGCUAAUGUUCGGCACACAAACCAUAGUCUGCACAUACCUCCUUCUUCUAGAGAAAGUAUCGAUUGUCUCAGUGACUGCGUACAUGGACUGAAGAUCAUAAAUCUUGAUAUAAAGGAAAUGGAGAGAGACAGUAAACCUUUAAGUGUUAUUUAUGAGAGUCAUCCGAUGCAGGACCCAGAGAGCCUGGGAGCUCAAUGCCCUUGUGAUCCAGACCAGAGUGAGCCCAGGGAGGUUGGCUCUGCCGAGAGGGAAGCAUCGUCUGGACGCACUGAUACAAGCCAGCCAGUUUCAGAAGUGCCAAAGAAUACUUCGCCUGGUGGACAGAUGCCAGCUAAUGGACAAGAUGAUGAUGAGGAUGAUCCUCCAGAGUGCAAACAGGCUAAAAUCAAGCGGAGCCAUGAACUGGAUGCUGAAGAGAACCCAUGUGAGGUGGCUGCUGAAGUCUCCUCCGUCUUGGGGCUGAAACAUGGCACAGGACAAAAAUAUGGCGGUAUUUCACACUUCAAGCAUCGGACACUACGCUACCUGGAGAAAGGCGUCAGACACCGCUCACAUUUUCUAGACAUGCAUAGGCCAGUGAAGAACAGGCACAUAUUUUUUUCAGAAGAACCAGAAGAGAAAGUGCUAAAAAGUAAAACUGUAAACAAGGUACAAAAAUUUCUAAAAGUGGUUGGUGAACCUAUUGAUGAUGUAUUAAAUGUAAUUUCACUGCCGAAGAUGGAAGAUUCCUCCAGCAACUCUGAUUCUGAAUGCCUGGAUCACUCUAAUGUUAGCGAACCUACUAGUCAGUCCAAGCAGUGUGACGAUACAGAGCUUUCUGAAGAGAAAGACCAUCCUGCUCUAAAUCAACCACCUGAAUUACAAGAACAGAUAAUUCAGUCUGAUAUGCUGGAUAGCUCAAGUCAAAGCAAAGGGAUGACCUCUACAUUACCUUCUAACGCCAUCUGGUGUUCAGACCGUGCAAUUGACACAGAAUCCGAACGAUCAGAUACCGAAAAAAACUACUCUACACGACCGCUGGUAUCCCUUGAAAUUCCAGACUAUCUGCAGGUUGAAGUGGAAGAGAACAAUAUUGACUCCUGCAGUAAAGCUGGGGACAAAUGCAAGAAAAAAAAGAAAAAGCCAAAAAAGAAGGUUCUAUCUCUGCCCCCUGAAAUUGCUGCUGAUCCUCACCUUGCCAAGUACUGGGCACAGCGCUACAGACUCUUCUCUCGCUUUGAUGAAGGAAUUAAACUUGAUGAAGAAGGCUGGUUUUCUGUUACUCCAGAGAAGAUUGCAGAACACAUUGCACACCGUGUGAGGCAAUGCAUCAAUGGUGCCGUCGUGGUGGAUGCUUUCUGUGGUGUUGGGGGAAAUGCCAUUCAGUUUGCCUUAGCUGGAAUGCAUGUGAUUGCUGUGGACAUUGACCCUGUGAAGUUGGAACUUGCUUACAACAAUGCAAUGGUUUACGGAGUAGCCGAUCGCAUCGAGUUGAUCCGUGCUGACUACAUGUGCGUCGCUCGUGAUUUGAAGGCAGAUGUGGUUUUUCUUAGCCCGCCAUGGGGAGGCCCGGACUAUGUCAGCGCAAAGACCUUUGAUAUCAAGACAAUGAUGUCCCCUGAUGGCUUUGAAGUUUUUCAGCUUUCCCAACAGAUUACAAAAAAUAUUAUUUACUUUGUACCACGCAAUACAGAUGUGGAGCAGGUGGCAUCACUUGCUGGCCCUGGCGGACAAGUUGAAAUAGAGCAGAAUUUCCUUAACAAAAAGUUGAAGACUAUGACUAUAUAUUUUGGCGACUUAAUACGAAAACUGUAAACGCGCGUGUUCCUGCAAAGCCUAGUUAUGAGUUUUCAUAGCAGAAUAUAGGUCUUCUAAGGUCUGCAGAGGUGUAUAAAAAUGGUUUUGAUAUUCUGUUUUAAAAUUAUGUUGUCAUCCUGAGACAUUUGUAAGAUAAUGUAACAUUUAGAAUAAACGUAAUGUGCCAUUAACUGAAAAUAUCACAAAUGCUGUGCUGAAAGUGACGUGUUUAUUGAGCUUGAAGUAUGAUGUAUAUGAUAUGCUUUUAGCUAGUGUGAAACAAAGGAAGGUUCAAUAAUGAAAAAGAUGGGAUGUUGG